AUGCCCAACUUGGUGUUCAGUGACGAGAAAAAUUUUGACAGAGAACAAAGCACUAAGAAGUCGGAAACACCAACGCUGGAGCCGGAGCCCCACACGACGCUCUACGUCCAGAACCUACCGCUGGACGCCACGGAGGAAGACAUCAAAAAACACUUCAGCAGUACGGGAGAAGUGAUGUCGGUGGUGGUUGCCCGCAAGGGUGACAAGUCGCUGGGCUACGGUUUUGUGCAAUACUUGAAGCAGAGAUCCGCCAGAGAAGCUCUCAUUUCACUUGCCGGCUCCACGCUUAACGGUCGCGACCUCCUCCUAAAUUAUCACUAUUGCACUAGAGCCUCCAUUUACGACAUUAACGAAGAGAAGGUUGUAGACGGCCCUGCAGAGUCCAUUAUGAUAGACGACUUAGUUGAAGUUCUUCAGCGAUACGACGUAGUUUUCUUCAAAGGAGGUAUCAUCGAAGUGGCGGUCGUACGGCGCUUCGUGGGUAGCGAUGUGUAG